AAGACCAGCUUUGAUCCCAAUGUAUUCCUUCAUCUCACCCCAUAGAUGUAUGGACUUGCCAACAGCCAUUCACCGUCGACAGAACCUACAUAAAGAUCCCUUCAUCCUCAUCAUGGCAGCCACAAGUUUCUGUAACAGUUUCUCGUUUCAAUCUUCCAUACAAAGGUCCAAGUUAUUAUUGUUUUGAAAUAUGCAUGAGGUUGUAUCCAAACUCGAAGCUUUCUCCAUAGUCAGCAUGGAUGCACAAUACUGCGUGGAUGAAGCAUACACCGCAACCCACAUACAACCAAGCGUGUACAAUUCGCAAAUUCCCACAUUGAAGAGUAUUGAAGAAAUACAGCACGUGAUAGAAAGGCUGCAGCGAGUCCAGCUUCUUCAAGAACAUCGCAUCACAGAACUUGAACGCCAACUCAAGUCACACAAUGGAAGCGUAGCCGAGUUUCCCUACUUCUCUCGCCUACCCCCAGAGCUAAGAUGCCAAAUAUGGGAACUGGCUUUGCCUGUACAGAUUUUUCGGCCUUUCCGUUACCUUCAGCCUUCGUUCCUGGAAUGGACAAGUGUUACCCCACCGCCCAUAUCUCAUGUCUGUCGGGAGGCUCGAUAUGUCGCACAUAGGCAUGGUGCCCUGUAUUGUCAUGAGUUUCUCGCUCCCAUGUCCUGGACAUGGUUCAACAGACACAAAGAUAUACUGGAUCUUUCCCCGUAUCGCAUACCCAAAGAUGGGUUUAUUCCUCUGCAGACGAAGCUCCUCGAAGAGACUAGAGCCAUCUUGCUGGAUGCAGAUCAUGUCGACCCUCGGUUGGUAGCCGGGCUGUUUGGUAAAGGUAGCCUCCUUCCGAACGUCCGCACCAUCUACCUAAUGGCGGGGAACAUAUUUCUGGCAGAAAGGCAAUCCUGGCAUCCCCAUGCAGUAGCCCGGCUCUUUGGGGGCAGGUCGUUCGCUCAUGUGGACAUAGAAGAUGACAAAGAGGUUGAGCGGCUUGAACAGCUGCUACACGAGAUGGCCAAUGCUUCUGACGGUAGCUUCAUGGACAAGUGGCACAGAGAUACCAUUACCAGGCUGCAGACUCAGGUUCGGCCGACGACCACCGUGAUGGGGCCCUGGAAGAAGGCAAAACAGCUCAUAAUGCAAGGAUGGAUGUCGUACAACGUCGACGCAUUCUCGUCAAAUAUCGAGAGUUAUGUCAAGGAAGACGGUAUGCUGAAAGAAGACGAGGUCAGAAAGUCGUAUCCCGAAAUGCCUACAGUCAAGUUGGUGCAGACAUUUGAGCUGUCACCGGUUACUAAGCUCGCAAAGUGGUACAAAGAUUAUGGAAGACAGUAUAUCGAGGACAUGAGAGGUUGAAUCAAGGGAAUGGAGCAAGUCUGAAAUAUACAUGC